UUGACAUCUUCACACAACAUAGAGUGAGGCAGUGCUGUUUCGCGGCAGCAAAAGAGUUCUCAAACACCUCUUUAUAAGUCUCAAGUCUUUCCCCUCCACCCGACCUGUUAAAACCACGCCUACAGAGCAACACAAUUGGCCCGAAAGCGUCAAAGAGCCAAUCAACAGAGAGCUGCAGCUCGAAACAUGCAACACAUCCACACGUCUGAAGCCGAUGGAGUUCAGAAGCACUGGGAAUAUCUCUGUGCUGGACCCCGUUCUUCAGCUGAAGUGUGUGUGUGUAUGUAUGUGUGUGUGCGUGUGUGAAAGCACGAGAGAGAAAGUGUGCGUGUGAGCGCGUGAAGGUGUAUACCUCCAACAAGUAAAGACAGAGGAAUUAUUCUGAGCCACCGAAAUAUUUCAAGAGGACUCGGGACGAUCGCAGUUUGACAGGAAUGUCUGUUUUAAAGAAAAGCAAAAGAACCCGACGCACCACACGCUGACAAACUGUGACUCGGUCGCGUUUCAUUUCAUUCGUUGUUGUUGUUUUUUAUUUUCAGUUUCAUUGCGCACUGACAAAACAUCAACAGCACAUCAGCACCGGCGAAUAUUAAUGGAUAGCCGGUUCUCACUUUCUCUUUUACAUUCUUUCCAGCUAGAGAAAAAUUAAGAGACUUACACACCGAGGCGUCGGAUGUUUUUCCACUUCCGAGGGGAAAGCUGGAUUUUGUGAAGGACUUGUCCAGUGCAAAUAUUUAUCCGACUGUAAUAUCUUGAACACCGCAUCUGCUGUCUGGACUUGAAUGAACUUCCCGAUGAGAGAUCCAGUUAUUCAAGGAUCCAGUAUGGCAUAUCACCCGUUUUUACCUCACCGGGGUCCGGAAUUUGCCAUGAGUGCAAUGCUGGGUCACCAGCCGCCCUUUUUCCCGGCCCUGGCACUGCCACCUAACGGCUCCCUGUCACUGCCUGGGGCGCUGGGCAAGCCAAUAAUGGAGCAGCUGAUGGGCGCCGCGGAAACCGGCCUUCACUUCUCUUCACUGGGACACCAAGCCGCCGCUGCCGCCGCCGCCGCCGCCGCGCAUCUCCGGCCUCUGAAGACACUUGAGCCAGAGGAGGAGGUGGAAGACGACCCGAAAGUUCACCUCGAAGCCAAGGAACUCUGGGAUCUUUUUCACAAGCGUGGCACGGAAAUGGUUAUCACGAAAUCAGGAAGGCGAAUGUUCCCUCCGUUUAAAGUGAGAUGCACGGGCUUGGACAAGAAGGCCAAAUAUAUUCUGUUGAUGGAUAUUGUUGCGGCUGAUGACUGUAGGUAUAAAUUUCACAACUCUCGCUGGAUGGUGGCAGGAAAGGCUGACCCCGAAAUGCCAAAACGGAUGUACAUUCACCCCGACAGUCCGGCCACUGGCGAGCAAUGGAUGUCCAAAGUCGUCAACUUCCACAAACUUAAACUGACAAAUAACAUCUCCGAUAAACAUGGAUUUUCUUGUGUAUUGCAGACGAUUCUAAACUCUAUGCACAAAUACCAGCCAAGAUUUCACAUUGUGAGAGCCAACGACAUUCUGAAGCUGCCCUACAGCACGUUCAGAACAUACGUGUUCCCUGAGACAGACUUCAUUGCUGUCACUGCCUACCAGAACGACAAGAUAACACAACUGAAAAUAGAUCACAAUCCUUUUGCAAAAGGAUUCCGCGAUACUGGAAAUGGGAGACGUGAAAAGAGGAAACAACUGGCCCUGCAGUCCAUGCGUUCAUACGAGGAGCAGCAGAAGAAAGAGACCGGCACGUCAGACGAUUCCUCAGGCGAACAAGCGUCGUUCAAAAGUUUUCGCCAGGCCUCAUCUCCCGCGGUUUCAACUGUUGGGCAGAAUAACUUAAAAGAUUUGUGUGACAGUGAUGAAGACAGUGACGAUGAAGACAAAGAUGGAAACUUGAAUGAGGGGCCAGACUCGAGCAAAAUUUCCACCACGACAGAGGACUCAAAGGAGCCCGAUGCAAGUUUGAGCAAAAGUCUGUUUGUGGAAAGUGACUCUGCCGGUCGGAGAACUGAGAAAAUCCGGGCAGACUCGCGGGAGAGUCCCGUCACGCUCAUCUCUAGCACCACCCGCUCGGGUGAAGAGCUCAAGAGUCCAGGCCGGGGUCAGGCCAAAACAGACGACUGCCGGACAGUGAGCAAAGACAAUUACAUGCCACUGACUGUCCAGACAGAUGGCGCUGCGCACUUGAAUCAAACACACUUGCACAAUUUCGGAUUUCCGCCGGGUUUGGCCGGGCAACAGUUUUUCAAUCACUUGGGUGGUGCCCAUCCUUUCCUUUUACACCCCAGCCAGUUCAAUAUGGGAGGCGCUUUCUCAAACAUGGCCGCAGGGAUGGGCCCCUUACUGGCAGCGGUUUCCUCCGCAGGGGUCAGUUCAAUGGACACGGUCAGCAUGGCAUCAGCCUCUCAAAGCCUGGCGGGGGCACCGCUGCCUUUCCAUUUGCAGCAACAUGUCCUCGCGUCGCAGGGCUUGGCCAUGUCUCCAUUCGGAGGUCUCUUCCCGUAUCCUUAUACGUAUAUGGCCGCUGCGGCAGCUGCUUCAUCGGCUGCCUCGUCAUCAGUCCAUCGCCAUCCUUUGCUUAACGCGGUGCGGCCUCGGUUAAGGUACAGCCCUUACUCAUUACCGAGCGUCCCGGACAGCACCUUACUUACGACGGCUAUCCCACACAUGGCGAGCAGUGCCAUCGAUCUGAAGGGAGACAGAAUGACCACGAGUCCCGUCUCAGCUGCUUUGGAGUCGGAGGUCACCAGCCGCUCGACUGGAUCAGUAGCACUGUCACCAAAAACCUGCUCUCAGAAAGAGUCCAGCACCGAGUUACAGAGCAUCCAGCGCCUGGUCAGAGGACUCGAGUCCAAACCGGACAGGCCACACAGCGUGUCUCCAUAGGCUGUGUGUGAGUGACGGUGACCAGGACGGGAAUGAUGAAGACAUUGACACAGAUUGCGUACGACGAUUUAUAUAACCAGUUUACAACAUGGACCUACAUCGAAGAAAAGGUUUAGACUUAAAAUGCACUUUGGUAUUACAAAAUAUGACAUAUGAAUCUCUUAAGUUAAUUCUAAACACUAACUUUGAAUAUUUUCCAUCUAUUUGAAUGCCACAGAAGUAUUGAACAGUCUGUCAUAGACUGUCAUGGGGUGUCAGAGACUGAAUGAAGCUGCUGCUCUCCUUUAUGUUAUACGUCCAGAUGAACGUGAUUUCAUUUAAUAUGCACUCUGAACAGGUUCUUGGUUGAUCUGAAAUCUCUUUAUCGUAUAAAGACUGCUGUGUUCAUAAUAUAUUAAGGAUUAAAAAAAAAGGAGCUGUAUUGCAUGUGAAAGAUCAGAGCCAAUCAUGACAGCUGGUUUGCUGUUCUAGCCUGUUUGGAACGCAAAAUCAUCCAGAAAGAAAUCGAAACAACAUUUUUAAGAAUAUUUCACAAUGUGAUUCUUCGCAGUUAUGUAAAUGAUUUUUAUCUCAAAUGCAGACUAGUUGAACAUAUUUAGUGUAAACUGCAGGCAAACAUUUCGAUUUAGUUUUAAUCUCCGUCCAAAGCUGCCAAUGACUCCACAGACUAUUGUUAAACAUUUGAUUGUCACGCUUAUCGACGCGGUACUAAAAUUGCUUAUUAAAUGAAUUAAUUUGGAAAAGGGAUCAUAUGAGUCAAAAAUUGAUCAUAUGGUUAAAAUGAAUACAAAUGUAAAUAUUUAUAUAUAUAUAUAUAAAACAUAUUUAUGUAAUUAUUUCUUAUGAAUAUUGCUUGUAAAUAUAACGGAGUUUGUUUGUUUGAGGAAGCUGUCCUUAAUUUAUUAUUGAUAUAUAUAUACGUGUGUGUGUAAAAUAUUUUGUGAGCUAUUUCCCUUGUUCAUUACAUUAUUAUUAAUGUCCUCCUGACUCUGAACAGACACUAGAUUCUCUAGCAGACAAAAAUCAUGUGCCAUCGUUUCAUGAACUGUUGUGUGUUUAAGUGCUUUGGUUCAAUAAAUUAAAGGUGAUAACACAUUGCACCAAUGUAAUGACACUUUUCUUUCACGGCAACUAAAAAUGCUUUUGUCAAAGUGUGUGUUUAAAUAAAUUUUUUGUGACCUGAGCCAAAACUGCCAAAAAUAUUGUGCAGAAAAUCAUAAUCAAAAUAAAG